CAGGCUCACUAUCACACUCUCGCUGAAUACCUUCAGGCACCAGUCUUCACUUAAGCUACAGCAGCAAAACGCUAAGACCGGCACAACCAGCACUUCAACUUUAAGCACCAUGGCAAGCAGCAAAGUGUGUCUCGCGGCUCUGUGCUCCCUCGUCAUCCUCAGCACCUUUAUCGGCAGCACACAGUCAGCAAGCUGUUGCCUGAUGUACACCAGGCGUCACCCUCCAUGCAAUCGAGUGAUGGGCUACACCGUCCAGAACAUCAACACUUCCUGUGACAUCCCCGCUGUAAUAUUCCAUCUUCCAGCGAGGUUUUUGUGUGCCAACCCCUCAGACGCGUGGACUCAGAAAGUGUUGAAGUGUUUGGAUGAAAGGAAGAAGAAUAACAACCAGAUCCUCAGAAGCAGAACCCCAGGCAACACCACAUCAGCAUAACAUCCCUGCAGCACUUAAUGCAUUCCUGCUCCCAAUAACCCUGAUAGGGACUUUAUUAUGUUGUUUGUUAAAAUAUUAUAUUAUAUCUUUUCAUAUUCUGUUUUAUAAACAGGGAAGUGUAGUAUGUUUAAUACUCAGUAAGCUGUAAAGCACCAACAAAAAUAAUGAAAACAUUGUUUUUCUAAAUUGUAUGCUUAAUUAAUUAUAAUAAUUAUGAAGUAUGAAAUGAUGGGCUAUUUGAUUGUAACUUAUUUUGUCAAAGAAUUUAUUAAAACAUAUAUAUUUCUGAUACAUGUGCCCGUCUAUGUGAUUUUCACUACAUUCACACACACAUUUCAAACCUUCAAUACAAACUUUUCAGUUAUGACAUUUAAAAAAUACACUUGAAAUUAACAUUUGAGCAUGUACAAAACAAUAUUUACAGUAUGUACAGUACUAGUCAAAAGUUUGGACACACCUCCUCAUUCAAUGGAUUGUCUUUAUUUUUAUUAAAUCUUCUACAUCAGACCUGGGCAUUAGGAAAUUAGAA